CUCUUUUUCCGGGCGGGCGGCGCGGCGCGGCUGGUGUCGGAGGAUGAAGCUCAACAUAUCUUUCCCAGCAACUGGCUGCCAGAAGCUCAUUGAAGUCGAUGAUGAGCGAAAACUGCGAACUUUCUAUGAGAAGCGGAUGGCCACCGAGGUCGCUGCUGACACUCUUGGAGAUGAAUGGAAGGGCUACGUUGUCCGCAUCAGUGGUGGCAAUGACAAGCAGGGCUUCCCCAUGAAACAGGGUAUCCUCACCAAUGGUCGUGUCCGUUUGUUGCUCAGUAAGGGUCACUCCUGCUACCGCCCCAGGAGGACUGGAGAGCGCAAACGCAAGUCGGUUCGUGGGUGCAUUGUCGAUGCUAACCUCAGCGUUUUGAACUUGGUUAUCGUUAAGAAAGGUGAGAAGGAUAUUCCUGGUCUGACUGACAACACCAUGCCUCGCCGUCUUGGUCCUAAGAGGGCUAGCAAAAUCCGCAAACUGUUCAACCUCUCCAAAGAGGACGAUGUCCGUCAGUAUGUUGUGAGGAGACCUGUGACCAAGGAAGGUAAGAAGCCUAGAACCAAGGCUCCUAAAAUCCAGCGUCUGGUAACUCCUCGUGUCCUGCAGCACAAACGUAGGCGAAUUGCCCUGAAGAGGCAACGUACUCAAAAGAAUAAGGAGGCUGCAGCAGACUAUGCCAAGCUUCUGGCCAAGAGAAUGAAGGAGGCUAAGGAGAAACGCCAAGAGCAAAUUGCAAAGAGACGCCGUCUUUCUUCACUGAGAGCCUCAACAUCCAAGUCUGAGUCCAGCCAAAAGUAAAAAUGAAAGACUAAAUAAAUCUUUUUAUUUGC